CUACGCCCCGCCCCCGGGAUAAGCAACAACAACAGAAGAAGCAGCAGCAGCGACAGCAGCGAUGUCUGACUUUUCGGAAGACCAAGUAGCCGACUUCAAAGAGGCAUUCUCACUCUUUGACCGGACUGGAGAAAUGAAGAUCUCUUACAGCCAGUGUGGGGAGGUAAUGAGAGCCCUUGGCCAAAACCCCACCAAUGCAGAGGUGCUCAAAUUGCUGGGCAACCCUAAGCCUGCAGAAAUGAAUGUGAAGAUGCUGGAUUUUGAGCAAUUUCUACCCAUGCUGCAGACUGUCACAAAGUCCAAAGACCAAGGCACAUUUGAGGAUUUUGUGGAGGGUCUGCGAGUGUUUGACAAGGAGGGCAAUGGCACCGUGAUGGGAGCUGAAUUGCGUCAUGUGCUUUGCACACUCGGGGAGAGGAUGUCAGAGGAAGAGGUGGAGCUGCUGUUGGUUGGGCAGGAGGAUACCAAUGGCCUCAUCAAUUAUGAAGAUUUUAUUAGACACAUCAUGUCUGCCUGAGCAGCUCAUUAUGACUUGGUCAAGAAUGUGCUAAACGGUUGAGGGACCAUCGAGACUGAUUUGAUCAGAUGACCCAUCUUCAUUCUCCUGCUCCAUGAUAUCCCCUUAGUAUAUUGGCGAAUGUAAUACGCAUUUUAUACAGUGUGCUUGCUGUUAUAAAACAAGCUCCUUUAUACAAAAAGUCUGUAAUCUCUUCAUUCCCGAUGUAAACCACAUUCCCUUAUGUAUCUACAUACAUCUUCUUGGUUCUUUUGGUAAAGUCACGUAGAAGGGAAGUAAUAAAAUAAUAAAAAUAAAACAUAAUAAAAUAAUUCUCACGACGUUUCGGCCACAACGCAAGCAGCCGUCCUCAGGUGAAAACCAGGUCUGUCGAGGCAACAGCGUCUGAAUGAAACGCUGUCGCCUCGACAGACCUGGUUUUCACCUGAGGACGGUUGCUUGCGUUGUGGCCGAAACGUCGUGAGAACUAUUUUAUUAUGUUUUAUUUUUAUUAUUUUAUUACUUCCCUUCUACGUGACUUUAUCGAAAGAACCAAGAAGAUGAAUCCCUGCAGUCACGAAAGCUUUAAAUCGAAAUUUAUCUACAUACACUUUUUUUAAAAAUAAGCAUUGCUCUUCAUUUUCCAUGUGAUGUAUAAGUACGUCAUAUCAAUAGUAUCUUUGGGUUAGCUGCGUAGAGAUGAAGUCCAAUUUGAACACAGGCUUUCGUGACCAUAAUGAGAUGCCAAUGUGUGCACGAUAUUUUAA